ACGUGAGCAGGAGCUCCGCCUGUGGAAGGCCGUGGAGAGUCGACGACGUUGCCGCCGUGGCCGCCGUCUCGAAACAGGCCGGGAGCGAGCGAGCACGCCGAGACAGCCGCGUGCUGCCAAAGCGACCGAGACGGCUUGGCGAGCGAAGCAACCUCAGCAACAAGGCGAGCUUUCGGUCUCAAAAAUUCCACGCCGUGGACAGCAGUCGACCGACGUGGUCUGUUCUUCCCAACUCUCGUUUCAAGUUCCUCUGCCAGCGUCCCCGCCACCCGCGGCGGUGUUUGCACGUUGUCGCUAGUGCGUGUGUGCGUGCGUGUUGGUGUUUUUAGGGGUUUUUUUUUUCUUCUUUUCUUUUCUUGAGGGGUGGGAGUUCGCGCUUUUGUUGUUGUGCGAUGCCAGGAAGAGAGAUCGAACGCAUGGCGGGCAGCUGUUGUGGUCGGCGGACGCGACGUCCCGAUGGUGCUAUGGUCAAGGCGACCCUCGGAGUUCUGCUCGGGCUGUUCUUGGCGUUGUCCGGACUGGCCAGCUACGUCUUCUUCCCGACCAUCCUCAAGACGCAAGUGGAGCUGAACCUUAUCCUGGAGCCCGGCAACGAGGUCUACGCUCACUGGCAGGAGGUGCCCAUACCUAUCUACAUCAAGUACUACUUCUUCAACGUGACCAAUCCGAACGAAGUGCUCGAGCAGACGGAGAAACCGCGCCUCGAAGAACUCGGUCCCUACACGUUCCGGGAAACCCGAGAAAAGGUGAACAUCACGUGGCACCCCAACGGCACGGUGUCCUACCGCCAGAUCAAGAAGUACUACCUCCAGUCGGACAUGACCAGAGGCUCACUGGACGACCAGGUCGUCACGCUCAACAUGCCCAUGGUUUCGGCCGCGCACACUGUCCGCUUCGACACGGAGGAGUUCGAGUUCUUCAAGGAGGCUGUCUCGGAGAUCUUUGUGGCGAAAAACAGCACUUUCUUCGUUCGACGGACCAUGAGAGAGCUGCUCUUCGAUGGCUACGACGAGCCCAUCUUGACUGCGGCAAAGUCCCUGGGCAUCGAGGUGCCUUCGACUAAGUUCGGCUGGCUGCUCGGCAAAAAUGGCACAGAUGAUGGGGAAUACACCAUCUUCACCGGGUCGAAAGGCAUGCAUAACUAUGGUGAAAUGGACAAGUACAAUGGCCUAAGUGAAAUGAAUGCUUUCCAUGGCUACUGCAACAUGAUAAAUGGAACAGUUGGCGACAUGUGGCCACCGCUUGCCUUGGAAAACUGGGGAAAUGUGACUCUUUUUAUCAGGGACUUUUGCCGGUCAAUCCGUCUUUCUUACCUCGGUGACGUAGAGACCCGAGGGGUAAAGCUGCGACGGUACUGGGGCGAGGGACGGCUCUUCGAUUACGCCGAGAAGGAUAACCGGUGCUUCUGCACCGGUGCCUGCUUCCCCAGCGGCGUUCUCAACAUCUCCGCCUGCCAACAGGGCGCCCCAGUUGCGGUCUCUUUUCCGCAUUUCCUGUAUGGGGACCCUUCCUAUCAGCAGGCUGUAGAGGGCAUAGCACCAGACCCCAAGAGACACCAGAUGUAUCUAGACAUAGAACCAAAAAUGGGGAUCACUGUGAACGCAGCUGCCAAGUUUCAAGUCAAUGUGUUUUUUGAGAGGAUAGCAGGCAUUCCGCAGUUUGAAAACAUCACGGAGCGGAGGUUCUAUCCCAUUUUCUGGUUUGAGAACUUGGCAUCGGCGGACAAGGGCCUGCUAUCCAAGGUCCGCCUAGUGACCGAAGAAAUACCUCAGUAUGUGACCGUGGCGUCCUUUGGAGCCGUCAUCAUCGGUGGCAUAGUGCUCCUUGCGACACUCGUCUACGCGAUUCGUUACACUAGGAGGCCUAAACCAGUACGACCAACAUACAUUCCUGUGACGGUGCUCAAGUAAACGCUGUGCCCAGUCCAGAAACUUUCUUCCACGGCCCUCGUCACCAACGAUGCAAGGGUCCAGCUUUUAUCGGUUGGAUGGUGUUCUUCCGGGGCCCUGCAGUAUUUCAAGUCCGGGUUGCAAACACUGUGGCACCCUCUGUGAUUCACGCCGCCAUUCCCUUAGACAUCUUCAGCGGAGACAAGCCCCAUGUGCUCAAAUUUCGAAGGACAUCGACAUCGACGAACGUAGGACGAACUGCGGACUAGGAACCAAAUGUUUGUGGUGCCCGCCAUGACUGAUCCCAAAACAAUCUUGCGCCAACGUUCCUUGACUGUUCGCCGCCAAGUAAUUGUGGACUCCUGUGCAAGGAACAGAUCAACACAUUUUGAGGAGUUCUUUUUUAAUUUUUUGCCACAUGUUUUGUUUAGAGAGGAAUCGAUGCGCGUUUGUUGUCAUGAUCCGUUAAAGACGUAGUCUUGAAGGUUUUUUUCGAAGAUGGCCAACAAUUGAAGAUUGCAACGCGAAUCACGUAGUAUGACAUGUACGGCAGAGGUUUGCUCAUUUCGAGAGAGUCUUCCGACACCAAGCGCCUUGUGUAACCGUCCCUCGGACUCCGUGGCUAGUCCAUGCAGCCUACGUGCCUUGUGGUAUUUGUGCGCAUGAGUGUGUGUGUUUGUCGUUGUGGCUCUAUUUCAGUGUGCUACAUUCCGUAUUCGUGAAUUUUGAGCCUCUUAUUUUUUUUCACGAGGCCGUACGGGUAUGGCCAAGCGUAAGACAAGGUCCUCUGGCGGCCGUGUGUGAGAUUUAUUAUUAUAGGAGUAACUGAAUUUGGCGGGAUGAGGAACAAAAGGUGCCAAUUGUAACAAAGUAUUUUUUUCUUCAUUUCUGUGGGAAAUUGAAUUAUUUCUUAAAGUAGUUGAAAUGCGGCAUAUAACUAGGCGUUUCCGUGAUAAACAAGAUAAAUGUCUUCUCACGUGCAAUUCAAUAUUCAAACACCAAUGCUAGAGACUCACGCUGACGCUGUUUAAGCAUCUGCUGUAAGACCGAACCAUUUUUAAAGGUUGCUCUACUCUGCUUGUUGUAAAAAAGGAACACAACGUCAAGGAAUCAAGUCUCUUACAGGUCUCAUUGGCAAAAAUGCAUCUAAUAUGGGCACUGUAAUAGUUUCUUAAUAUAUGUCCAUUCGGUCAGGACUGGAAUUGAUACCGGCAGUGGGACGAGUGUUCGCACGCGAUUAUUCGUGCGGUACUCCACCUAAUACGCGGUGCAAUGCACCUAUUUUUUUUGUGUGUGUGCGCUUUAAAGUAUGCAUAUAAUCUUUUUUUUUUUGCACUAUCGUAUAGUUUUUGUUUUGCAUUUGUUUAUAUGAUUCUCAUGGUGGCCAGAUCGUAACAGCAUUGAAAUGAGGCCUUUGAUACAUCCAUUCAGUGAGACUAACAUUUGUACGAUCAUGUACGGCAGAAUGCGUGGACGCAUAUGGAUGAAUGGAUGGAUAUGGCCGAGCUUUUGUAAUCGUGCGGUGGUUUGCGCCACCUAGUAGAUGCAUCAAAAGAAGUUAUUCUUGAGAAAGCACUUUAACUGAUUCUCCAAACAGACUGCUCUUUCUUUCAGGUGGCAUUGAGGAGCUAGGUGAACACGUUCUACUUUUGUUCACGAUCGUGUCUUUAAGGACACUGACAAGUCCCGUGAACGUCUGUGACGUCAGGGAGUGGUAUAGGUAGCUUCUAUGCAAUGUAUAUAUACAUCCCGGGACACAUCUUAGUAUGUGGCUAGGCGAGGAGCCAUUUUAAUAUUCGAGACACUCGAGUUGCCCUUGGGUGAAGAGUUGGUAAGAUAUUCAACGUUUUAGAAGCUCCGAGCAUUGACCUAUAAUGUGAUAUAGAUUAGAGAUACUCGUGGUCUGAGAAAGAAAAGUGAGAGGGCAUUUUUUUUCGGUGUGUGUGUAUGAGUCGUACUCCUUGGCGGCAUUGUUUCACGGCGAGUAUACUCAAAAAGCUAGUCCAUUUCUCGGAGCAACCAAUGGAUAAGUGCCUUGAUCGUCAGGCCUUAUUGACUAUCAGUAUCAUCGUCUCCCUGUUGUUUGAACCAGCGGCAUGCCCGUGGUUUACUAGACCGACGCGCAACUCUGACGCCACGCUGCUGCGGUGGCGCUGCUGUAGGCACGACGCACGCGCAGCUUUUCUAGCCUCUUCGGCAGUUAUAUAUCUAAGUGUAUAUUGACAUUUCGCUUGUCCACAAACAACUGCGUAGGUUUAAAGAUAAAAACGUCAAAAAAUGCGACAAAGAAAGAAAGAACACACAAAGAAAGAUAAAACAUACCGUGGCUGUAUAUUCGAAAUGAGUCAGUACAUCUGGGCAGGUCUACUCCAGAAGUAAUCUUCUCGAUAGACAUCCAGUGUCAUCUGGCAUGGCACUUGAGCCAUGGCUGCAUAUAAUUUGGAUCUCGUAAGCAGGCGAAACAGUAUACAAAGGCAGGCCAAUAAAGCGGCAAAUCGUAUCCACUUUUUUUUUUUUCUUUUCAGAAGGUAUACGUCAAUAGUGUCACCAUACAUAACCCUAGGGGAAAAUGAGCAUCUUGAGAAACCAUCUCCCUUUGAAACUUUUGAAAAUAGUCAUUCUUACAAGAGAGGCUGGCCGUUCGACAUAAAUAUUUAAGUUGCAAAUAUAAGCAAUUCAGUGUAGGGGGAACGUGAAUGAAAUUAAUUCACCAUGUAGUGAUUUGAGUAUAUUUAUAGUAAACCAGCUAGAAAACAGACAUCAGACAUGCUUUAUUUUCUUUAUAAAAGUGAAGUGUGCAAACAUUAGUCCGCGAAUCGAGAAAUCGUAUGAACGUCAAACAUCAUUAAGAGCGAACUUUGGGUCACAAAUCUUCUUCCGAAACGGUGUUCACAUUAAUUUGACCAGUAUAAUUUUGUCUUCAACGCCUCUUUUGUAAUAGUUGCCACAUCGGCAUAUACAUAGCUUUGCCGAGAGAAAGAUUACUACCUCAUGAUCUGGGCGUCUGACACCAGUUAACAAGCCUUUGAAUAACGCGUUCUUAUGGAGCGAAACUGUGCCCUCUGCGUAUGUGCGGAAAUGUUGAUUAAAAUUCGCCAUAUGGCAUUUAGGGAUUAACUGAACAUGAUUGACCUCAAUUCCACCUUUGAACUGUGGGGGUUGGUCACGUCGAAUCCUGUACUUACAAAUAGAAUUUAUACGAUGUGUUCACUCUUUCAAGGUACCGCGAUUUCCCUGGGAGUAGCGAACAUCAAUUCGCGCACCUCUGACCUGUAAGUUUCCCCCAAAACAGCGCCCGGAAUGAGUGAGCCCUGACCAGCCUAUUGAAGACGUCUGUGCUCAACUGUGUUACAAAUACCCGUCUGCCCGAGUGAGACAGAAAACUUGUAUCUUGGAUAUCUUAUGAGCGUCAUUAGGUCAUCAGGCAUUGCAUCCACAUAACCCGGUUGAAAAGUCGUCGAAACGACUUCAUACCACUCGGACGAAAGCAGACAGCAAUAAUCACCUGGGGCUCUAAGGUGGACAUUCGACAAGUCGGUGAGGUCGCCGACUUGUUUGUCGAGUGUCCAACUUUGAGACCCUGUACAUAAGGCGUCCUUGCGAAACAGUUUUACGCUCCAAGACGAUGAGCUAUAAUGUUUAAUCAUAGCUCGUAGCAAUAUAGGUUUUAUACGAAUUCAUCUUCCAUUAUUUCAUCGGCGAUGAUGCGAAAUCGCAAACGUUGUUCAUCUAAAGUGUUGCGUCCAGUAUCAUUAUAAGUUAGACAAUGCGAGUGUGUAUGUGCGGCUGGCGAGUCCCACCGCAAUUUUUAUAUAGAAUUUAUACCGAGUCUGGCGUGCCACGUUGACAUUUUUUAUGUGUGAAUUUCCCACACGCUGUACACCUUUUUUUUUUUCUUUUUCGUACGCAUGGUAUUUUGUUGUGAUACUGCGUUUUGAUAUCGAGUAAAAGUAUACGCUCAA